CAGGUGCGCUGGUCAGUGUAGCACGCUGGCAGAGUAGAAAUGGCGGCGGCGAUCCGGGCGGCGGCGGCUGGAGCAAGGCUCAGCGUUCUGGAUCGCGGCCUCCGCACCACGAUCCGCAGCCUUUGCAGCCAGCCUGUGUCAGUUAACGAGCGCAUCGACAACAAGCGCCAUGCCGCGCUGCUGGGCGGAGGCCAGCGCCGCAUCGACGCGCAGCACAAGAGAGGAAAGCUGACUGCCAGGGAGCGGAUCAGCCUCCUGCUGGACCCCGGCAGCUUCGUGGAGAGCGACAUGUUUGUGGAACACAGAUGUGCUGACUUCGGAAUGGCUGCUGAUAAGAAUAAGUUUCCUGGAGAUAGCGUGGUCACUGGACGGGGCCGAAUCAAUGGACGAUUGGUUUAUGUCUUCAGUCAGGACUUUACAGUUUUUGGAGGCAGCCUGUCAGGAGUGCAUGCUCAAAAGAUCUGCAAAAUCAUGGACCAAGCCAUCACAGUGGGGGCUCCCGUGAUUGGGCUCAAUGACUCUGGGGGUGCUCGAAUCCAGGAGGGGGUGGAGUCCUUGGCUGGCUACGCAGACAUCUUCCUGAGGAAUGUCACAGCGUCUGGAGUCAUCCCUCAGAUUUCUCUGAUCAUGGGCCCGUGCGCCGGUGGGGCCGUCUACUCCCCGGCGCUAACAGACUUCACAUUCAUGGUGAAGGGCACAUCAUACCUGUUCAUCACUGGCCCUGACGUCGUAAAGUCUGUUACCAAUGAGGAUGUCACUCAGGAGCAGCUGGGUGGCGCCAAGACCCACACCACUGUGUCAGGUGUGGCCCACAGAGCUUUCGACAACGACGUGGAUGCCCUGUGUAACCUGCGGGAGUUCUUCAACUUCCUGCCCCUCAGCAGCCAGGACCCGGCUCCUGUCCGCGAGUGCCAUGACCCCAGUGACCGUCUGGUUCCUGAGCUGGACACAGUGGUCCCUCUGGAGUCAAGCAAAGCCUACGACAUGCUGGACAUCAUACACUCAGUGAUUGAUGAGAGAGAGUUUUUUGAGAUCAUGCCCAAUUAUGCAAAGAACAUUGUCGUUGGGUUUGCAAGGAUGAACGGGAGGACCGUUGGGAUUGUUGGCAACCAGCCCAAGGUGGCCUCAGGGUGCUUGGACAUUAACUCCUCGGUGAAAGGGGCUCGUUUUGUCAGAUUCUGUGACGCAUUCAACAUCCCACUCAUCACUUUUGUUGACGUCCCUGGUUUUCUGCCUGGCACUGCGCAGGAAUAUGGUGGCAUCAUCCGGCACGGCGCCAAGCUGCUAUACGCGUUUGCCGAGGCAACGGUGCCCAAAAUCACAGUCAUCACCAGGAAGGCCUAUGGAGGUGCCUAUGAUGUCAUGAGCUCCAAACACCUUCUUGGUGACACCAACUAUGCCUGGCCUACAGCUGAGAUUGCAGUCAUGGGUGCAAAGGGCGCUGUGGAGAUCAUCUUCAAAGGACACCAAGAUGUGGAAGCUGCCCAGGUGGAGUACGUGGAGAAGUUUGCCAACCCUUUCCCUGCAGCUGUGAGAGGGUUUGUGGAUGACAUCAUCCAGCCAUCCUCUACUCGUGCCCGGAUAUGCUGUGACCUGGAAGUCUUGGCCAGCAAGAAGGUCCAUCGUCCUUGGAGGAAACACGCAAAUAUCCCACUGUGAACAGAUCUAAAGGAAAAUAGAUCAACAAUUGAAAAACUGGCCAUUUGUAGCCUACCCCUGCCUUCUACAAUCAUGAAAAAACAGGAUCUACAUACCUUGGAAGUUGAUUAAAUUGCAGAAAGAG